GAUUUGGGGCUGGCUAAAGGAGGCCGACGUCAAGGGAAGCUCUAUUCUCUUUCCCUAACCUAUUCCAGUUUUCGUAACCCUAAACACAGCAGCGUGCAAAUCCGUAUGGAUAUGAUCCUCAUUGUGCAUCUUCAUCAAUCGGAUCGUUUCUUCGUGGACUCCGAUUCGAAAUUUUUGUAGACGUGUUGCCGGACGCUCGUUCUUCUUAUUCUUCCUCUUCAUCUGAUUUUUGGUCUCCGAUUGCUACAAAAAGAUCUAGAAAAAUGCUUCUAGUGCUCUGUUGAGUUUGUCGGACGACUAUUUUAUGUCUUUAAGGUUGACAUUGUUUGCUAAGAAGAAAACACAAAUACAGAAAGUUAGAUUCAUUUGGAUAGGCUAUUUGUUUUGUAUGCAUUUACAUAUGAAAUGGGUUCUCGAGGACGGCUACUAUUUGAUCUUAAUGAACCCCCUGCUGAGGACGACGAGGAGACUGAUCGUGUCAUCUGCUUGCAGCCUCAGAAGGCACUUCCCUCAGUAAAUCCAAACACUUCUGAAUUGUUUGCAGCAUCAUUAGGUCCUCAAAAUAUAAAAAAUAACAAUGCUUUCUCACAUGCAUCUUCUGUGUCGGGUUUUCAGCCUUUUAUUCGGCCCAAAGUAACUCAGGGCCUUGAAACAAGUCCUGAACAGAAGAGAGGAGGGGACCGGAACCCUGAGUUUUCACCUUUAACACAAUCAAGCAAUUGUGAAGACAAGAAAGCAGCACCAUCUUUUGUUUUUGGCUCUGCAGAUCCCGGAGCUAUAGAAAGGGAAGAAGGAGAGUGGUCUGACGCAGAAGGUUCUACCGAUGCACUAGGAGGCAGUAGUCUCUACGAGCUGGGAAGAGCUUCUCAAAACGAGACGAGGUCUGAAUUGAUGGAAUCUGGUGCUUCUGUUAUGACUACUGAUAACAAUUCUGACAGCACCAAGAUUAUUGAUAAUACCAGAGUUGAAAUCAGUGGGCAUGCCUCACAAGUGUCAGUGGACGGUCUAAUUGAUCAGAAAAGUAACAGUAGCCGAAAUUCAGAUGGUAAUAUUAAUGGUGAUGCCUCCACAGAUGGCCAGGAAGAAACUGCAUUAGUUCCAAAAGCAAGAGAAGUUAAAGGUAUCGAAGCAAAUCAUGCACUUAAGUAUGCCAAUAAUGUAGGGAAGAGGAAAGUUGAUCAACAUAAAGAAGCAAUGUUAGGAAAAAAGCGUGCCAGACAGACUGUCUUAAUUAAUAUAGAUGAAGUGAAGCAAGCGGGGGCUGUUAAAUCUUUGACACCUAAGAGGCAGCCAAAUACCGUCCGGACUGUAAAGGAAGCUCGCACGGCUCCUCCACCUGCUGAACAUCUCGGCGAAAAGCAUAAUCAUAUGACAAUCAAGGAUCAAAAGUCAGUUGACCUAUCAUGUAAUGAGGGGACGACUUCUGUAGAGGCUUGUCAACCUAAAACUGAAUGUAACGGUGAUGUAAAUUCUGGACAAUCAGCAAAGCUUAAGAGGCUAAGCGAAUCAGAUUUUCCUGCAGAAGGACACUUGCCACCUAUUCCAAGGCAGAGUUCAUGGAAGCAGCCUGCUGAUUUGAGGCAGCAAAAAACUUCCCAAUUCUCAAAUAGGAGGUCAACUUUAAUGAGCCAAAGCUCCGUAGAUUCUAAGUUGGGGAACAAAAAACAACCUUCCACCAAGAAGCCAGUUGCUGUCAGUAAUACUUCAUAUCAAGACACAUCAGUUGAGCGUCUUAUAAGGGAGGUGACAAAUGAGAAGUUUUGGCAUCAUCCAGAGGAUUCUGACCUCCAAUGUGUUCCUGGACGGUUUGAGUCUGUUGAAGAUUAUGUCAGGGUGUUUGAGCCUUUGCUUUUUGAAGAAUGCCGAGCUCAACUUUAUAGUACAUGGGAAGAGUUGACUGAAACAAAUACCCAUGUUAUGGUUCGAGUGAAGGGCAUUGAAAGACGUGAAAGAGGAUGGUAUGAUGUAAUAGUCUUGCCGGUAAACGAGUACAAAUGGACAUUCAAGGAGGGUGAUGUUGCUGUUCUUUCAACCCCAAGGCCUGGAACAGUCAGAUCAAAGAGGAAUAAUACCUCAAUGAAUGAAGAUGUUGAAUCCGAGGUCAGUGGAAAUGUGGCUGGCACUGUCAGACGGCAUAUUUCUUUGGAUACUCGUGAUCCACCCGGGGCAAUCCUCCAUUUUUUUGUUGGGGACUCGUAUGAUCCUUACAGCAAGGCUGAUGAAGAUCAUAUUUUGAGGAAAAUUCAGCCAAGAGGCACAUGGUAUUUGACUGUACUUGGUUCUCUGGCCACCACUCAGCGGGAGUACGUGGCAUUGCAUGCGUUUUGUCGACUCAAUUCACAGAUGCAAACUGCAAUUUUAAAGCCUAGUCCUGAACACUUUCCAAAAUAUGAGCAACAGACCCCUGCCAUGCCUGAAUGCUUCACACAGAAUUUUGUUGACCAUUUGCACAGGAGCUUCAACGGGCCACAGCUGGCUGCAAUCCAAUGGGCUGCAAUGCAUACAGCUGCUGGUACGAGCAGUGGUUUAACAAAGAGGCAAGAUCCUUGGCCCUUCACUCUCGUUCAAGGGCCUCCAGGAACAGGCAAGACACACACUGUCUGGGGAAUGCUAAAUGUGAUCCAUUUGGUUCAGUAUCAGCAAUACUAUACUUCUUUGCUGAAGAAACUAGCACCACAGAGUUACAAGCAAUCUAAUGAGAGCAAUUCUGACAACAUUGCAAUGGGUUCCAUUGAUGAAGUUCUUCAUAACAUGGACCAGAAUCUGUUCCGCUCUCUUUCAAAGCUCUGUCCGAAGCCAAGAAUGUUAGUCUGUGCUCCUUCCAAUGCUGCAACUGAUGAGCUUCUAUCACGUGUUCUCGAUCGCGGCUUUAUUGAUGGUGAGAUGAAAGUUUAUCGGCCUGAUGUGGCGAGGGUUGGGGUUGAUUCACAAACUCGUGCUGCCCAAGCAGUUUCCGUUGAGAGGAGAACUGAACAACUGUUAGUCAAGAGCCGUGAGGAAGUGUCAAAAUGGAUGCAAGAUUUAAGAGGUCAGGAAGCUUAUUUCUCUGCACAUAUAGCUGAUCUUCAAAACAAACUUUCUAUGGCAGCUGUUGACGGUCGUUCCCAAGGAUCUGUUGGUGUUGAUCCUGAUGUUCUUAUUGCCCGGGACCAAAAUCGAGAUGCUCUGCUGCAAAGUCUAGCAGCAGCUGUUGAAAGCAGGGAUAAAGUUUUAGUUGAGAUUUCUCGUCUUCUCAUUUUGGAAGCCAGGUUCCGGACUGGUAGCACUUUCAAUCUGGAGGAAGCCCGUGCUAGUCUAGAGGCAAGUUUUGCAAAUGAGGCUGAGAUUGUCUUCACUACUGUCUCAAGCAGUGGUCGGAAGUUGUUUUCUCGGCUUACACAUGGUUUUGAUAUGGUAGUUAUCGAUGAAGCUGCUCAAGCCAGCGAAGUAGGUGUUCUUCCUCCCCUAGCUCUUGGUGCUCCACGAUGUGUUCUGGUGGGAGAUCCUCAACAGCUUCCUGCAACAGUUAUCAGCAAGGCAGCUGGGACCUUAAUGUACAGUAGAAGUCUUUUCGAAAGGUUUCAACAAGCAGGAUGUCCAACAAUGUUGUUAUCUGUGCAGUACAGGAUGCAUCCUCAAAUUCGAGCUUUCCCUUCGGAGUAUUUCUACCAAGGUCGUCUUACUGACAGUGAAAGUGUUGUUAAGUUACCUGAUGAAGUGUACUAUAAGGACCCUUUACUCAGACCAUAUCUACUCUAUGAUGUUACUUAUGGACGAGAGUCCCACAGGGGGGGUUCUGUAUCUUAUCAGAACAUUCCUGAAGCACAGUUUUGUCUUCAAUUGUAUGAGCAUCUUCAGAAAACUCUGAAAUCAGUGGGUAUGGGGAGAAUUUCUGUUGGCAUAAUUACACCAUAUAAGCUGCAAUUGAAAUGCCUUCAACAUGAGUUUUCAGCAGUAUUAAAGUCGGAAGAAGGGAAGGACAUCUAUAUCAAUACUGUGGAUGCUUUUCAAGGGCAGGAACGUGAUGUCAUUAUUAUGUCUUGUGUACGUGCCUCAAGUCAUGGUGUUGGCUUUGUUGCUGAUAUUCGACGAAUGAAUGUUGCUCUGACACGUGCUAGAAGGGCUUUAUGGGUUAUUGGAAAUGCAAAUUCUUUGGUGAAAUCUGAUGACUGGGCUUCUCUUGUUGCUGAUGCCAAGGCAAGGAACUGCUAUAUGAACAUGGACUCUCUACCGAAAGAGUUUUAUGUCUCAAAAGGAAUACAAGGUAAAAGUUCCUUCAAUCCUAGGGCUUCCAGGCUAGGUGGGCAAAGGCACAGAGACAUGCACAUGGAUUCUAGAGCUGGAACACCUUCAGAAGAUGAUGACAGUUCAGGCGCGCCUGCGAUUUCUAGGAAUGGGAACUACAGGCCGUAUAAACCCCCAAUGGACAGUUCAUUAGAUGAUUUUGAUCAAUCAGGUGAUAAAUCAAGAGAUGCCUGGCAAUAUGGCAUUCAAAGGAAGCAUAGUUCUUCCAAUAUCAUUGGAAAGAGAGAGUCCUAGCUAUCCUGGCAGUUGUCUAGACCAAUUCUUUUGGCACUCGAGGUAGCUUUCUGCGCAGUUGAAUUUUGUGCAGGGGUGGUGAUGCCUUUUGCACCAGGAGGUUCUAGGAACCAUGAGUAAACACUAUUUGAAGCAAGUUCCCGACUCUUAUUCUUUGUGCUGAUCAUGUCUGCUAAAGCAGAAUCUGAAAUGAAAAUAUGGCAGAUGCUUGGACUGUGCGAGGAAAGAUGAUUACAUUUGCAAGAGCUCUCUGUUUUGAUUGGAUUGGGUCCUGUGCUUUCUGGCUAGAUGUGCGUUUUCAGUCACGGAGGAUCAUACCCACAGUCCACAAGCUUACCGGAAUGAAAGGUGAAAAAUUAUUCUUCUGCAUCUAAUAAGAUGUGAUCUAAUUUGAAGUUUUUAUCUGUUGACUGCCGAACAUUUUAUCUGUUGACCGCCGAAUUUGUUGAUGUAUGACUACGUGGAACUACAAUGUGAAGUUUUUGCACUGUUCAGAUUCCGAGGUGGUACUGUUUUCCAAAGAAUUUGCCCAUUGGAGCUUCGCAGUUAAAUAAAUCCCAUUUUACAUCGUAGCGAGGUGUUGAUUAAUGGGGAAUGUCAGGACUUUGUUGUGGUAAGGGCGAGUCUGUAACAUUUUUUGUUUUUCUUUUUCCAAAGGGAAAGGGAGGGACUUAGGAUGGAAUGAAUACAUGUGAAACUCAACUUGUGUAUAGAUAAAAGGAAGGAGAAAGUAGGGACUUGUUUGUACAUACACCUUCAGCUUCAGCUACAGAAUUAUAAAUCAAUUUGUUUAUUUUUGGAAAUA